ACUGGAGGUAGUGUAGUUAUUACUCCGUUAAGACCUAUACUGAAGCCACAGCCCUUGACUGACCCGGGCUCACUGAGAGAGAGUGGUGACACACCUCACCUCACUCACAAGGCACCAUCGUACUUGGGUAUAUCUUGUGCUGUUAAUGGUUACAGUCGACUUAACAGGUAUGAUUCUUCGCUUCGUGAUGGCUUUCGCUCAAGAAACAGCAGUCCAGCUCGUUUAGCUUUCAGCAGAAGUAGAGAUUCUAGUCCUAUGCGGCCAGAGUGGAAAGUGUUUGAUCUUCAUACCAAGGCUUCACCACAAGCAACUGCUGCCAAGAUUAAAGAACUGAAGGAGGAAUUAGCACGUUUUAAGGCAGAAUUUCCUCAACCCCCAGGAGAACGUGGCCGUCAAAUCUCCUCUAAAAAGCUUGGGAGACGGCCUUCACAAGGUCGUAGUAUCAGUGUGGAUAGAGGUUAUCUGGUGAAAUCUGAACCCAGGGAGAAAAUGAAUGGCCAUGAAAAUAACGCUUCCAUACACGGAGGAAAAAAUGUUCAUCUAGUUGAAAUUAGCAUGACUGAUUCAAACACAAUGAAGUCAUCUAGCUACCAGUACUCCUUUGAACAGCGGAUUGUGAAAGGUGGCAUUAGUGAAACAAAUGAUAGUUUUCAUUAUACUUCUCACACCAAUGGUGACACUCCAGAAAGCAAAUCAUUUAUUCAGUCCAGGAUUGAGCGGUUAUAUGGGCCCAGUGCUCUUGGGGCAGGAUUCCGUAGCCGUCGAUCUUUGCUAGAGCUGGAAAAAGAACAGAAAGAUAGAGAGUUGGGAGGAUACAGGAAUCCUAUAUUGCCUUCUCACACAGACAAUCUUUUUGAAUCUGAACAAAAAGCCCCAGAAGGAUUUCCUAGUGUGUUUAGACACUUACGUCCUGAGUUUCGAACACAGUUGCAAGUGAAGCGCAGUGGUAGGUUAAAAACUGGACUUUCCUUGGAAUUACCAUCUCUGACUCCUAAUGGUAACAUAGAUUCACCCAAGAGACCUGGAAGAGUUAUACCAAUUAUAUUAACAGAUGCAUUAGAAAAAAGCAUUCAGAAACCUCCAGUUCCUCAACCCAAACCUGAGAUAAUCAUUACCAAUGAAGCUAAUAGAAGUAAUAAAUUUAUUAAUAGGGAUAGUAAACCAGUUGUAGUUCAGAAGAUUGUUAAUGGUAAUGCAAAUAUUAAAGAAACUGAAGUUAUGUUGGACAAAGAAACGUGUGUUAAUGGAAGUGCAAUAGAGAAUAAAUAUAGUAAUAAAGAUGAUCAAGAAUCACCUGAGAGAACUAGUAUUGUUAAUGGUGUUUCAGACUCUAUAAAAGUAAUUGAAACUUCAGAUGAAACUACUGAAGGAAAAGAUGGCCAUUAUUUCUUGAAGGUGGUAGGAGGAGUAGUGAGUAAUAUUGAAUCUCAGGUUGCUGAAAUUGAAUCUGAGCUAAAACUGAGAGAGUCAGAAAUGAGUGAAGAAGUACGUGGAAAGGUGUUAGCUGCUAUAGGGAAGGCACGUCUUCUUGUAUCACAAAAAAUUCAGCAAUUUCAAGGCCUCUGUCAUAAGAACAUUGCUGGAACUAUAGGCGAGGAAUUUCCUACAACUUGUGAAGAUCUAGCUGGGUUUUGGGAUAUGGUAUCCAUCCAAGUUGAAGAUAUCAAAAAUUCUCUAAAAGAAAUUUUGCUGCUUCGUGCCAAUGGAUGGAAGGAGGUAAGCCAAGAUACUAUUGAUGGAGUUGAUAAAAAUGUCACCACUGGUCAUGCACGCAGGAAGCCUGCACCUAGACCAUCGAGGCCAGCUAGGUCCACAAAGGCUAGCAUUGAGAAAACAGAGGAGGGGAAGACUAGGGAUGAAGCCCGCAAGAAGAUGCUAGAAGAAAGACGGAAGGCUAUGAAGGAAGCAGUGAGAGCCAAGAAAGCAGAAGCUGAAGCAAGACAAUCAGGAGUAGACAGUGAAGCUCCUGUGGAAAUUUUUAUCCCAGAAUGCAAGUAGAGGAGUAUGAAUGUAAUUGGCAUUUAAGUCCUUGAAGGUUUAAUUUGUGAUAAGUAUGCAAGUGGGUGUUGAUAGUGAUGAGCGUCUGUAAGUAGUACACGUUUCCUUAAGCCUGGUCUUUUUUUUUUUUUCUCUCUCUCUCUCUCUCCACUGAGUGCUACAGGUGUCAGCUUUAAUGGCUAUAAGCUAGCUGAAUAAGUCAGGUGAAGUAAUGUGGAAAAUUAAGCCAUUAUGAGCUUGUUUGAGGUGGGUGACAAUAUCACACAUUUCUAGAAUAUAGAAAACCAUAUUUCAUCUGUGAAUUUGCAUCAACUCAAGAAAUGUUCUUGUUUUCUGAUAAAUAAUGGUAACUAUUCAGCGUUGGAAUUUUUGUUAGAAAUUUUAAUCUUGGGAAGAAAAAAAAAAAGGACAUGACAGUAGAUGAGUGUUAUAUUAAUAGUAGGAUUUCUUUCCAUGUUAAAAUGUUAUUACUGGCUUCAGUGCCAGAUCAUUUUUACACAUUUAAUCAUAGUAAUGCUGUCUUGGAACUGCAUGAUGUUUGUUUCCUCUGCAAAUAUUUGCAGAUAUACAACCUGCAGUGUCACCAAUACACCUCUUGUUGCUGCAGUCAGUUGUAUACAUGUCUCUAUAAUCAAGCUCAAAUUAUCUCUUGUCAUCUUUUCCUUGUGGGUAAAGUGCUGAAUUGAAACAUAAGUUGAGAAACUUAUGAAUACUCAAUUGUGCACUUUGGUAACACUAAUUAUGAAGAUCGUACUAAAAUUUAGGCAGAUGAAAUUAAAAUUUUUCUCUUGUUUAGUCAAUUUUGUUUAUCAUCUGAUUAUUUCAAAAGCUUUCAUUCAUUAUUUUUUAAAUUGGUUUCUGCUUCAGAUAAAAAUGUUUCUGGGAAUUGGUUCUAAUUAACUACACAGCAACACAGCCAGUCAUUAUACUGGGGUCUCCAGUGAAUGUGAUGUGUUACUAAAGAUUAUUCUGUUUCCCCUUACUCAUAGUAUCGGAGAUGGCAAGUCACAGAUAGGUUUACGGCUCGCACCUGCAGCUUUGUUUUACUAACACCAAUGAGGUAUAUUUUUUGGGACUUCACUAUAUAGUGACCAUGCAGCCACAUGUAACAAAAUACUUCUCUUUAGGCACAUAGGUUGUGAAAUGGAGAUUUGCAUCCUAAUUUCUAGACAACAUACAUCAAACUUCCAUUCUCUGAUGACCAAAAAUUUUAAAUAUCUUGCAGAGCAUACAAAGAUCUUAGAUACUAAAGUGAAAUUUCAGUUUAUUAGCUGUUACUGUUUAAGCAGCCAGAAUGAAAAUUACUCUGUACAUAAGCCAAUGCAUAGUUGGCAUGCAUUCAAGAGUUUUGCUGUAAAUCGUUUGGAGUUUUUUUUUUUUCAAGCAUACAAUUAGUCGCCCAUUAUCUGGCAGCUUUACAUCAUUAUUCAGUUGCUUUGAUUUUAUUAUGCCCUAAUAUUAUCUGGCAAUCUUGUCCAUUUUCUUUAUAUUUUUUCACAAGGCACUUUAAUCAAUUGAAAUUUUAUGGUUGAUUGUCAGUUUAAGCUCAUUGUGUAGCCCAUACCCAAAUUUGUUUAAAGUCUUUCAUAUGAAUGUUAAUAUAGAGUAAUAGUUAAGAGAGUAUAGACUCUCAUAUCUGACCUAACUCAUGAUGUGAAAAUUUUGCCCAGUGUUCUUUAAAGUCUCACACAGGCAAACUGGGAGAGGAGAGAUGAGCCUAUAUUGAGGAAGCAUUGUGAGGUGAGUCAGAUGAGGUGUGUUGAAGCCUCAGCACACCUUGUAUGAAUUCACCUCACUGUUCUCCUUAUAUAUAUAGGUUUAUCUUUGCUCUUUCCUUAAGGAAGGUUCCUUGAUGCUGGUGAGGGGCUAUUGAGCAAAGGAUUGUACUUAUACUCCAGUUCUUUGACUUGAGCCUGGAUGCUUUCAGUGGCCCCCUUCCCUUCCCAGGCACUUUAUGACCCUUUAGUGCUUAAUUUGAUUAUCAUAAAGAGCUUUUGUGUGGAUAGCAAGGCACAGGUUAGGGUAUGUAGGAGAGAGGGAGAUGAUUUUUCCAGUAAAUGUAGACCUUAAGAGGUGUGUGUGAUGUGACCAUAGUUUAUUACAUUUAUAGAUUGGGUUGUAAAAGAUGUCAUUGCUAGGGUGUUAGGAAGAGGUGUGGGACUGAAAGUGUGUGAAUCUGAUGUGGAGUGGAAGUUGUCAGAGUUGCUUUUUACCAGUGGGAUGGUUCUUUUGGGAGAUUUAAAAGAGAACUUGUAGAGGUUGGUAAACAAAUUUGGGAGGGCAUAUAAAAGGAAAUUAAACAUAGGAGAGAGCAGGGUGGUGAGAUUAUAAAAAAAAAUAUAGGCAAUGAGAGAUUGGAGGGAGGUAGUAAAUGUGUUAAGAUAUUUGGGAAUGGACGUGUCAAAUGAUUCUGUGAGAGAUGAGGUGAACUGUAGAAUUGACAAGGAGGAAAGGAGGGUGGUGCAUUGAAGCAUCUGUGGAGACAAAGGAUUUUAUCCAUGGAGGAAAAAUGGGAAUAUACCAGAGUAUAGUGAUAUCAAUACUGUUGCAUAGGUUUUGAAUGUUGCAGUGGAGGCUGCUCGAGGCAGUAGAGAUGUCGUGUUUGAGGGCAGUGUUAAGUGUGAAUAUUAUGCAGAGAAUUCAGUUACCAAAAGUGUUAUUCAGAGGGCUGAGGAGGGGCUGUUAAAGUGAUUUGGACAUUCGGAGGAGAAAAAUAGGAUGAAUAGGUCAUAUAAAUCUUGGGAGAGGGGGGUAGGGGGUCAUCCUAGGAAAGGAAGGGGCUAAAGGAGGUUUAGAGGGCUAGGGGUUUGGGUAUCCAACAGACUUGUGAGCAUGUUAGAUAGGAGUGAGGCAAAUGGUUUUCAUGAUUUGAUGUUCUAUUGUAGUGUGAGCAAUGUAACAUUUAUGAAGGGAUUUAGAAAAAUUGGUUAGCCAGACAUGAGUUGUGGAGAUGGGAAUUACAGUGCCUGCACUCUGAAGGAGUGGGUGGGGGUUGCCACUGUGAUGUCAGUGCCCUCCUGGCAAGACAGCAAAAGUGUUUUCUUUGUCAUGUCACCUCAGUGGAAGAUGGCUGGAAUGUUAAAAAAAAUACUUCUGAAAUCAAUGCUCUGUAUAACAUCAUGUGUAAAGAAUAUACAGGAAAAAAAAAUAGGGUUACAUUUAACAGCAGCAGCUGGCUUUUCCCCCCAAGCUAUUGCAGUCCCAGUACAGGAAAAUUUUCAUGGCUGAGCUACCUUUUUUAAAAACUAAUGUUUGAUAAAAAAAAAAAUUACUAUUUACAAGCACGAUACAAGAGUUGACCAUAGUUUAAAACUCAAGUGGACUUGUGACUAUCAUAUUAUUUCUCCCUCCCUCACUCCUAGUCCCAACUUUGAGGAGUGCCCAUUUUCUUUUGAUGGGAACACGUUAAUUUAAUUGAAAACCAACCAUAAGAUUUUGUUCAAAAUAUGGCCUUUGGAUUUCCCACACCCACACCUUGAUUUCUUUGCUUCAUCUUGUGAAUGUUGAUAUAAAGCAGUUUGCUAUAAAGAGUUGUUAAAAAGAUUAGACUUGAAGAUGAGAGUGAAUAGUGCAUUAGGGCAGUGGUUAACACAGCAUCGCUUACCUUUCUUCUCUCCUUAGCCCCGUGCUCACCAACACCACUCCUUCCCUUCCCUUCCUUUCAGUCCCCAUCCACCUUGUCUUUUACUUCCUGCCUCCACCCAAUAACCCAACUUCCAUUCCUCCCAGUCUCCAUGUGCCUACUCUCUCUCUACCCCUCCCUCCCCCUUUCCUUCUCUUCCUAUCCUCCCCUUACAUACAGAACACCUAAACAAAUAAUGCUUAAAGUGAAAAAAAAAAAAAUAGACCCAUAAGAAAUUUCAUCCCUCCCCAUCAGAGCUGGAUAAUAGGCAAGUGAAUGGUAUAUAUUUUUUUUUUUUUUUUUUAACAAACCGGCAGUCUGCUACCAAGGCAGGAUCCCUCCCCCACCCCCCGCCAAAAAAAAAAAAACUCGCUAUCAUUCACUCCAUCACUGUCUUGCCAGAGGCAUGCCAAUACCACCCCUCCUUUAGAGUGAAGGCACUGUACUUCCCACCUCCAGGACUCAAGUCUGGCUAACCAGGUUUCCCGAAUCCCUUCAUACAUGUUACCGUGUUCACUCUCCAAUCUUUUCACUUCUAAAAAUUGUAACUAAAUCUAUAUCUACAUAGAAUUAAAUUAUCUGGUUGAUAAAACUGAAGACAAAAUAUGCAUUACUUUAUACUUCAAAUAAAACACAGCUUCCACCCUUCAGAUCUACUCAUUGUAUGAAAAUAGCCUAUUAAAAUUUUCUUUUAAUAGUAGCAAUAACCACUCAACCAGCAACAAAAGUCUAGCUGUAAAAUGAGAUACAUGAGCUCGAUCCUGCCAAGUAGCCAGUGGGGUGUGUAGUUCAGUGGAACCUCUACUUGCGAGUUUAAUCUGUUCCAUGACCUUGCUCGCAACUGGAUUUGCUCAUUUGCAGAGUCAGUUUUCCUAUUUAAAUUAACUGAAAUGCAAUUAAUCCAUUCCAGUGGAAUUCUGUACUUCAAUAAUUUCGCUAAUAUCAACUCUACGGCUUAUUUAUCUAUCUCACUUCAUCUAAUAUGACAUAAUAAACAAUAUAAAUAACAUAGAAACCUGAUAUAUACUCUAAAAUGAAUAAAAUGUGUCAUUCAUGUAGUGGUAUGGGCGGUGGACGAGAGUUUGACUGGAGACCGGGCAAAAUACUUCAUGAAUAAUUUCGCUAAUAUCAUCUUUAUGGCUUAUUUAUAUAUCACAGUUCAUCUAAUAUGACAUAACAGACAAUAUAAAUAACAUAGAAACACGAUAUAUACUCUAGAAUGAAUAAAAUAUGUCAUUAUGUAACAGGUGGAGGCGGCCACAACCGCUCCCUCUUUGUCGUGGUAAACACUGCCAUCUAGUGACGGCCUUUUGAAGCCAUCUAUUAUUAUAAUUAUUAUAUGUAGGACAUUAUUAUUAUAUAUAUUAUUAUACAUAUUCUUAUUAUUGUAUUAUACUAUUAUUAUUAUUAUAUGUAUUGUUAUUAUUCAUAUUAUUAUUAUACAUAUUAUUAUUAUUAUUAUUAUUAUAUAAAUUAUUUGUAAUUUUUAUUCACACAAAAAAUAUAAGAUUUACUGUUAUUCCUUAUUGCAGUAAUUGUAUAAAUGUCAACCCAUUCACGACUGCAUAUUGGAAUGGACAGUGAUGCCAUUUGUUUACACUGAAACAGCCAAGCAGUGUACCAUUUCUCCUAGGUUGAGCUCUAUUUCAAGGUACUUUUCAUCGUGAAAGCAAUCAAAAUCAUAUCUAUUUCUGUAAUAUAUCUUCCAUUCUAUCAAAUGAGACCAAAAAGACGAGGAUACAACCAUAAAAACCAUUCGAAAUUACCACUAAGGGGUGGCUAAUUGCUGAGAAGUGAACUCCAUUAUUUAUGCUUAGAUUUCUUUCAUUUUUGGUGUACAUUAAGAAGCAUCUUUCCAUCAUACAUUGCCCAAGUUUCAAUAAGAUAGUCCAACAAACAAAUGAGAUACAAUUCCCGAGAUCAAGAGCAAGAUCCCCUCACCAGUGUCAAGGAACCUGCCUUGAGGUCUGCUCACUUGUGGAAAUUUUGCUCGCGUAUGGAAGCAGAAAAUCGACCCGUCGACUGCUUGCAUUUGGAAAAACUCUCACGUGGACACGCUUGCAAGUAGAAGUUCCACUGUACUAUCUAUGACCCUGUAAGCAUCACUGAGACAGCAGCAUUACUUGCUCUUGCCCUCAAAAAAAAAAAAAAAAAAAAUUAAAGCUCUAAGUAAAUGUUCUCUAAAAUUAAGUUUUUCAUGUUUGCUCAUUUUCAGUACCUCAUUCUGUAAAAAAUCUUUGAGGUUCUUGCAAAUCUUCUAAAUUUUUGUAACAUGCUAUACAUAUUAGUAUCGUGGAGCAGCACUAAAUCCAUAGGGAUUAUACGGAACCUGUGGAGGAUAAGGUGGAAGGCAUUCAAGCUUAAGUCAGGGAAUUGGAGCGGAACCAAUUCUCAGGAUCAAGAUCCCCUCACCAGCAUCAAGGAAGCACUCUUGAGUAGGGGGAUGGUAGCAUGCCAUAGACCCCCUAAAUUCUUGACAGUGACUCCAGUGAGAACAGCUGUCCUAGAGGAAAAAAUAAUCAAAUAUUAUUAGACAAA